GAAGUCUGCCUUUGGAUUUGGGGGAGUUUUCACCAUUAUAUGCUGUACAGCUUCACUGCUGCAGAACAAAGGGACUUUAUGGAAAAAAAAGUCACAGAAAUGGAUGUGGAACGUGGCUUCUAUCAGCUGGUGGAGGUCCAGGACCACGUUCACUACAUCAUUGCAUUCGUUGUUUCUGUGAUCGGAGCAGUGGGUGUUACUGGGAACGCCCUGGUCAUGUAUGCCUUUUACUGCAACAAGAAGCUACGGACACCCCCCAACUUCUUCAUCAUGAACCUGGCAGUCAGUGACUUCCUCAUGGCAAUUACACAGUCACCCAUUUUCUUUGUUAACUCCCUUUACAAGGGUUAUUUUGGUGAAACAGGAUGUAAAAUCUAUGCCUUCUGUGGUGCAUUAUUUGGGAUCACCUCAAUGAUAAAUCUUCUGGCCAUCUCUAUAGACCGCUAUGUUGUUAUCGUCAAACCUCUGCAGGCAUUACGAUGGACGUCCACGAGACGCACUUACCUCAUUAUUGCCCUAGUCUGGCUAUAUUCAUUAGCCUGGAGCCUCGCGCCACUCUUAGGGUGGAGUUCAUAUAUACCAGAAGGCCUGAUGACCUCAUGCACAUGGGACUAUGUAACAUCCACUCCAGCCAAUAAAAGUUACACUUUGAUGUUGUGUUGUUUCGUAUUCUUCGUCCCUCUUGGCAUUAUAUCCUACUGUUAUCUCUGCAUGUUUCUAGCAAUUCGUCAAGGAAGCAGAGAUGUGGAACAGUUGGGCAAUCAAAUGAGGAAGUCAACACUGAUCCAGCAAAACUCCAUCAAGACUGAAUGGAAGCUAGCCAAGAUUGCCUUUGUGGUCAUCAUAGUGUUUGUGCUGUCCUGGUCGCCCUAUGCAUGUGUCACCCUCAUAGCAUGGGCUGGAUAUGGACGCAUUCUCAACCCUUAUUCCAAAUCUGUCCCGGGUGUUAUAGCCAAGUCAUCAGCCAUCUACAAUCCUCUAAUAUAUGCCAUCAUUCACUCAAAAUAUAGGCUUACCCUCGCAGAAAAAGUGCCUUGCUUGCACUUCCUUGCCCAUGCCCCCAGGAAGGACUGCAUAUCAGUGUCGCUCAGCGAGUCCUCCUUAAGGGACUCAGUGCUGAGCAGACAGUCAUCGGUCUCCACGACCAAGCUGCACAGAGUUUCCUCCAUUACUACAACAGACACACAUGUUUGGAGUGAUGUGGAGCUGAAUCCUAUUGAUCUGAGCCAUACUUUGGGGUCCAGCUAUUCCCUUGGAACUCUGAGAGACAAAGAGAAUCAGUCGUUGACUAAACACACAAAAAGAAAGAAAAGCCAAAGCCAGGAACAGCUAAGAGCAAGGUUCAGUGAACAGGUGUGACCACAAUCUAUUGCCCGAGUCUGUCAAAACCCUACUGCCUGUGGGAAGGAAGAGGAAGGGCAAUCUGGAAUAAACCAAAGAAACAUGAAGAUGAGCGUGAUAAAGAGUUUAACUAUCAAGAAACCAAGGCACAGAAAAUACAAAAGGAAAAUGAUGAUUGUGAGGUUCUCACCCAGCCAGACAUCGGAGAAAUGUUGAACAUGUGAAAUCCGGCGUCGUCUUCACACUCAACUUCACGGAAGGGCCUUUGGAGGAAGGCCUGGUGGGAGGCAACCUGUUUGCAAACUUUUGUGGUCUGCUUUGCACAGAAUGCAAUUACUCACAGCAAAUAACUGCUUUCUCAUUUAUAAAUGCAAACAGUUUGCCAACAUGUUGCUGUACUGCAGCAAUUGUCCUGGAAUUUCUGUUUCAAAUCCACGAGGUUCUGGCUGGAUGGAGUUGCAACAGAUGGUCUGAGAUGUUCACCAAUUUAUCACACUUAAUCACAACAUUAUCACAAACAGAUUGCAUGUAAGUGCCAGCUUGACCCCAUUCAAUUACAAACCAACAGAAGACUGACAGGAGAUGUCAGACACUUUAUCGCUGCUUUGCUGCGGAUUUGAAAACAGCAACUCAAUGGUCUUUGAAGCAAACAUUCAAAAGAAGAUCACAAGUUCAUUGCGUGCGGUCACAUUAAUUUUGGUCAUGCGAUGGUCUCCAAUCACUGUUUCCCCUAGUGUGACUGUAGCUGUACAGUCUCUGGACUGUUGUGCUUAACAAUUUGAGUCUGUCUAAAGAUUUCUUUAAAUGCUAAAUGCAGGGAUUCACCAGUCUAGUACUUGGAUCAGAUAUUUGCCCAAUCAUGACUCAAAAAGCUGGAUUACAAUAAGUGACAAUGAUUCAGUGAAUCAGUGCUGCCAUUAGUAUGGUGCUACUCAGUAACAGGCCAGCUUUUUUCUGAUGGCGUCUCUCCUUCACUUGCUCUCAUAUUAUAGUCGGUGUGACACUCAUCGGGAAGUUUUCAUUUCACGGUUUCAUUGUAGUCACUUAAUAUUAUUUCAGCCUCUUGCAAGCUCCACUCCACAAGUGAUGUGCAAGUGCACAGUGAGAGCAGGAAAAGGAGAAACUAGUGCAAGUCUGAAUGACAGCAGUAUAUUAAUACUGCUCACACUGAGCUGAAAUGAGAGUAGAGUAAAUAAAGUUAUAAAAUAACAAAAUCAUUUUUUAUUUACUUU